UGCUCGCCUUCAGUGGUCGCACUUGGAGGGUCCUGCCACCCGCACUUGGAGGGUCCUGCCACCCGUCAGAGGAGCCACCGCCACCACCUGACCAUGGCCGAGGAACUGGUUCUGGAGAGAUGUGACCUGGAGCUGGAGGCCAAUGGCCGUGACCACCACACAGCCGACCUGUGCCGGGAGAAGCUCGUGGUGCGGCGGGGCCAGGCCUUCCGGCUGACACUGCAUUUCAAGGGCCGAAACUAUGAGGCCAGUGUGGACAGCCUCACCUUCAGUGUCACGACCGGUCCAGCUUCCAGCAAGGAGGCCGGCACCCGGGCCCGUUUCCCGCUGUCCGAUGCCGUGGAGGAAGGUGCCUGGACGGCCAAGGUGGUGGACCAGCAGGACAGUGCCCUCUCGCUGCAGCUCAGCACCCCGCCUAACGCCCCCAUCGGCCUGUACCGCCUCAGCCUGGAGGCCUCCACCGGCUACCAGGGCUCCAGCUUCGUGCUGGGCCACUUCAUCCUGCUCUUCAACCCCUGGUGCGCAGAGGAUUCUGUGUACCUGGACUCGGAUGAGGAGCGGCAGGAGUACAUCCUCACCCAGCAUGGCUUCAUCUACCAGGGCUCGGCCAAGUUCAUCAACAACAUACCCUGGAACUUUGGGCAGUUUGAAGACGGGAUCCUGGACAUUUGUUUGUUGCUCCUGGACAAGAACCCCAAGUUCCUGAGGGAUGCCGGCCGCGACUGCUCCCGCCGCAGCAGUCCCGUCUACGUGGGCCGGGUGGUGAGCGGCAUGGUCAACUGCAACGAUGACCAGGGCGUGCUGCUGGGGCGCUGGGACAACAACUACGGGGACGGCAUCAGCCCCAUGUUCUGGAUCGGCAGUGUGGACAUUCUGCGGCGCUGGAAGAGCUCCGGCUGCCAGCGUGUCAAGUACGGCCAGUGCUGGGUCUUCGCGGCUGUGGCCUGCACGGUGCUGCGGUGCCUCGGCAUCCCCACCCGAGUGGUGACCAACUAUAACUCGGCCCACGACCAGAACAGCAACCUGCUCAUCGAGUACUUCCGCAACGAGUUUGGGGAGAUCCAGGGUGACAAGAGCGAGAUGAUCUGGAACUUCCACUGCUGGGUGGAGUCAUGGAUGAGCAGGCCAGACCUGCAGCCGGGCUACGAGGGGUGGCAGGCCCUCGACCCCACGCCCCAGGAGAAGAGCGAAGGGACAUACUGCUGUGGGCCCGUUCCAGUGCGUGCCAUCAAGGAGGGCGACCUGAGCACCAAGUACGACGCUCCUUUUGUCUUUGCUGAGGUCAAUGCCGACGUGGUGGACUGGAUCCGGCAGGAAGAUGGGUCCAUGCACAAGUCCAUCAACCACUCCCUGGUCGUGGGGCUGAAGAUCAGCACUAAGAGCGUGGGACGUGACCAGCGGCAGGACAUCACCCACACCUACAAGUACCCGGAGGGGUCCCCAGAGGAGAGAGAGGCCUUCAAGAGGGCCAACCACCUGAACAAGCUGACUACUGAUAAAGAGAACACCGGGAUGGCCAUGCGGAUCCGCGUGAGCCAGAGCAUGAGUAUGGGUAGCGACUUCGACGUCUUCGCCUACAUCACCAACAACACCUCCGAGGAGCACGCCUGCCACCUCCUGCUCUGUGCCCGCAUCGUCAGCUACAACGGGAUCCUGGGGCCCGAGUGCGGCACCAAGGACCUGCUCAACCUUUCCCUGGCGCCUUUCUCCGAGAAGAGCGUUCCCCUUCGAAUCCUCUACGAGAAAUACUGUGACUGCCUGACCGAGUCAAACCUCAUCAAGGUGCGGGGACUCCUCACUGAGCCGGCUGUCAACAGCUACCUGCUAGCUGAGAGGGACAUCUACCUGGAGAAUCCAGAAAUCAAGAUCCGGAUCCUGGGCGAGCCCAAGCAGAAACGCAAGCUGGUGGCUGAGGUGUCCCUGCGGAACCCGCUCACCACGCCCCUGUCAAACUGUAUCUUCACCGUGGAGGGGGCCGGCCUGACCGAGGAGCAGAAGGUCGUGGAGAUCCCGGACCCCGUGGAGGCGGGGGAGGAAGCCAAGGUGAGGGUGGACCUGCUGCCACUCCACGUGGGCCGCCACAAGCUCGUGGUGAACUUUGAGAGCGACAAGCUGAAGGCCGUGAAAGGCUUCAGGAACGUCAUCGUUGGUCCCGCCUAGGGGCUGGGUGCCCGGUCCCACCUCAGCCAGCUGAAAGCCCCCAGCUUGACCCCGAUUUUUGUUCCAAGCUAAUGAGCAAAAUUUGCCCCUUCUUGGGCCCCAGACCUGAGUCUGUGGGGACUCUUUGGAACGGAAUGUAUUCCUGGCUCCUCUUGUGGUUCCCCACCUCCCUUUACCUGUGAAGAUUGUUCUGUGCCUCCACAGUGGGAGCCAAGACUGGCUGCCUGGGCCUGGGGUGGGGGAGGAGCGGCGACCCAUGCCUCCCUAUGGAGCCCAGAUGCCACUGAAAAGCCACUGACUACCCA